AUGCUUCGUGACCUGCCGCCCUUGCGUCCACGCAUCUCUCACGAUGAGGAGAUCUUCAUGAACGGCGCACCAGGCAGCAGCCCACAUCAACACCACCAAGACCAUCAAGCGGCCGCUGUGGACCCGUUGGACGACGUAUUUGGCUCCGCGCCUUCAUCACCGACGCUUGCAGCCCACGAUGCCGAAGCACCUCGUGAUCGUGACGGGAGACCUGGCGUCCAAUACCAGGAUGUGUCCCGACUGAGGACCACACAUACUACAAACGGGUACCGCGAGGGUGUUGCCGCGAGCAAGGAGAAAUACAUCCAAGAAGGCUUCGAUGAAGGCUACAGUCUAGGCGGGGAGAUUGGAAUGAAGGCUGGCUGGUGUCUGGGCGUACUGGAGGGCAUGCUCGUUGCGGCGCGGCGGAUGAGAACGGGGAACAGCAGCGCAACGACGGAGAAGGUGCAGAAAUUGCUCGACGACGCGCAGCGAGAGCUCAAAUUGGAGACGCUCUUUGGACGUGAGUAUUUCGAGGACGGAGUGUGGCUCUAUCAUGUGCCAGAGCCGGCGGAUGAUGCCGAGCCGCAAAUCACUUUCGGCGACGUCGCUGCGAGACAUCCCGUCCUGAAGAAGUGGAAUGUCGCUGUCUUGAGCCUCUCCAAAGAGUACGGACUUGCUCUGCCUCAAUCGCGAAGCUAG